AUGGUGAAUCCAGGAUUGUUUUCUGGGAAUAAGUCCGUGAAUUCGGUGAAAGUAAGCUUUCGGAUACCGUAUUUUACCCAAUGGGGUCAGAGCUUGCUGGUUUGUGGCUCUGUACCGGUGCUUGGUGCCUGGAAUGUGAAAAGGGGUGUGUUGCUCAGUGUUAUUCAUCAGGGGAGUGAGCUCAUCUGGGGUGGAAGCAUCACAGUGCCAAGAGGGUUCCAAUGCCAGUACAGCUAUUAUGUUGUAGAUGAUAAGAAAAAUGUACUGAGAUGGGAGAUGGGGAAGAAGCGCGAACUGAUACUCCCUGAAGGUGUUCAGAGUGGACAGGAGAUCGAGUUCCGUGAUCUUUGGCAGGCUGGCUCAGAUGCCCUCCCUUUCAGAAGUGCUUUCAAAGAUGUCAUUUUUCGGCAAAGCUGGGAUUUGAGCCAUGCGACAGGAGGAGUCAACCACAUCAAUUUUGAACCGAAAGGAGAAGCUAUCUUGGUCCAGUUCAAAAUUUCCUGCCCAAAUGUAGAGAAAAACUCAUCAAUAUAUGUCAUUGGUAGCAAUACAAAGUUGGGACAGUGGAAAGCUGAAAAUGGACUAAAACUCAGCUAUUUUGGUGAAUCUGUCUGGAAAGCUGAAUGUCUGAUGCACAGGAUAAUAUCCACAUAUAGAUAUGGAAAAUAUGACAGGAGUGGGAACUUCUCUAUAGAAAGUGGUUCAAACCGCGAAGUUUCUACUAACUCCUCAAAGAAUGAGGUGAAAUAUAUUAUUCUGUCAGAUGGCAUGAUGCGGGAAACACCUUGGCGUGGUGCUGGCGUAGCUAUACCCAUGUUUUCUGUUAGGUCGGAAUCUGAUCUGGGUGUUGGAGAGUUUCUUGACCUUAAGUUACUAGUUGACUGGGCUGUAGCAUCUGGUUUCCAUUUAGUUCAACUUUUACCAAUCAAUGAUACAUCUGUGCAUGGGAUGUGGUGGGAUUCUUAUCCAUACAGAGCACUCACUGCAGUUAAAGCAGCCCAUGCUGUUUCUUUCUUCUACCAAAGAGGGGUACCAGGGAUCGGACACUUGGUAAAAAAUAUUACUUAA